AUGUCAAAUACUCAAACAUAUCCAAAACAAUAUCCCUUUUUGACAAGACAGGAGUUUGAAGUUGCAGCUAAAUCUUUUUUAGAACAAUCAAAAAAUGUUGUUGGCGAAGGUUGGAUUUGGAUUGAACAUGAGAAAUUGAAAGGAUUUGGAUAUUUAUCCCGAAAGAUGAUUAUUCAAAAAGUGAAUGAUUCUUCAAAUGAAUUCAAAAAUGAAGAUAUUACACCUUUAACGACAGAUGAUGAACAAUUCGAUCAAAUUGAAGAAGUAGAAGAUCCUGGAGUUCUAAAUACAAGUCUUGAAACUGCUGUUGAAUAUCUUAUUGUAGAUUAUCAUAUAAUAUAUUCAACAUCUUAUAAAGUUCCCGUACUUUAUUUCAAUGCAUAUCAUAAUGACGGAACACCAUUAACAAAUGACGAAAUAUAUUCUUGUUUGAUUCAACCUUCGAGAUUAGAAGAUAUUAAAAUCGCAGGAUUUCAUGGGGGAAUAUCACAGCAGGAUCAUCCUACGCUUUUAAUUCCAUUCUAUUAUCUUCAUCCAUGUGAAACUGCUACUUUAAUGAAAUCAAUUGUUGAUAUACCAAGAUCUACCAAAUCAAAUUCGGAUUAUAAUAUAUUACAAAAUAAAAUUUCUAUAGAAGGAUAUGUUAGAAGUUGGUUAAGUUUAGUUGGUAAUGUUGUUGGAUUAAAGAUUGAAAUUGAUUAUUUUUUAUAA